CCCGGCGCCCGCCCGCCUGCCCACCAUGCGCGGGAAGCUGCUGCCGCUGGCCGGCCUCUACCUGGUGCAGGGCCUCCCGCACGGGCUGCAGUCCGGCCUGCUGCCCGUCCUGCUGCGGGCCCGCGGCCUGUCCCUGGCGCGCGUGGGCCUGGCCAGGGGGCUGCACGCGCCGUGGCUGCUCAAGCUGGCCUGGGCCCUGCUGGUGGACAGGUGGGGCUCCCCGCGGGCCUGGCUGGCGCUCAGCACGGCGGCACUGGGCCUGCUGUGCGGGCUGCUGGCUGUGGUGCCCCCCGCCCCAGCCGGCCGGGCCGACCUCCCCGCCGCUGCGGUGGGGCUGCUGCUGCUGCUGAACCUGGGCGCAGCCGUCCAGGACGCGGCCCUGGACGCGGCGGCCGUGCGGCUCCUGGGGCCGGGGGAGCUGGGACCGGGCAACACCGUGCAGGUGGUGGCUUACAAGCUGGGGUCAGCGCUGGCUGGUGGGGGGCUGCUGGGCCUUCUGCCCAGCCUGUCCUGGCCUCUGCUCUUCAUGCUGCUGGCCACUACCUACUGGCUGGCCGCCGCGCUGGCCUGGGCUGCGCCAGCUCUGCGCGGGCUGCCCCGGCCUCCGCCCUCGGGGCCCUCCCACCCCCCGCGGGACGUGAUGGCAGUGCCUGGGACCUUGUGGACAGCAGGCUUUGUACUCACCUACAAGCUGGGUGAGCAGGGUGCUGGCAGCCUGUUUCCACUUCUCCUGCUGGACCGAGGAGCUUCUGCCCCGGAACUGGGGUUGUGGAACGGCUUUGGUGCCGUGGUGUGCUCCAUUGCUGGCUCUGCCUUGUGUGGGGCCCUCCUAGCCAGGCACUGGCAGCUACUUUCCCUGCUCAAGUCAGUGCUAUGGCUACGGCUUGGGGGCCUGGCCUGCCAGACGGCCCUGCUCUACCAUUUGGACGCCCCAGGGGCCAGCCUGGCCACUGGCACGGCCCUGAGCAGAGUGGCCUUGCUGAGCCUGUGUCUGCAGCAUUUCCUGGGGGGCCUGGUCACCACAGCCACCUUCACCAUGAUGAUGCACUGCAGCCAGCUGGCACCCAGGACGCUGCAGGCCACACAUUACAGCCUCCUCGCCACCCUGGAGCUUCUGGGCAAACUGCUGUUGGGUGCCCUGGCUGGAGUGCUGGCCGACAGCCUUGGCCCGCAUCCCUGCUUCACUCUCUUCCUUACACUCUCAGUCCUACCUCUUCUGGGCCUGGGCCUGGCACCCAGCACCCUGGCCUGAGUCAGAUCACAGAACUGCCAAUAAAUCCCCACGCGCAUGGCUUCGUGUCUGGAGCAUUAUGAGA